UUGACCCAAAAUGGUACAUACACCCUUUUUGCACGAAAGCCUUAAAAAUAUUAGGGGUUGGAAUGCACUACCACUGCCACCUGGACAUUAGAUGUUGCAAAACAGUAAACAUUUUAAGUCUGCACUCUUUGAAUGACUGAGGACCUAUUUUACUUACCUAUUUGUUUGUUUUUCAUUGUCCAGUUACUUUGUACACCGCACAAUUUUAGUAGUUUGCAAACCUGGGUUGCACUCGGGAUGAGAUGGGAAACAGUUGUCCUGUAGUAAUUGUUAGAUCUGUUGCUGGGCGACAUGUAUAUAACAAUAUCCCUACCUUAUUUGCAUUAUGCAGACCUGUCACAAUUUCAAUAUUUUUCUCCUAUGGCAGACAAAUCUCCCAGUUUUUAAGGUCAAAGAGUCAUCUGUAAGGAGACGGUACAGUGACUUCAAAUGGCUAAGAAGUGAAUUAGAAAGGGACAGCAAGAUUGUGGUACCUCCUCUUCCUGGCGAUGCAUUAAAGAAACAAUUACCAUUCAGAGGAGAUGAUGGAAUUUUUGAAGAUGAUUUUAUUGAAGAAAGAAGGCAGGGCCUAGAAGCAUUUGUCAAUAGGUAUGAACAAGUUUAUAACUCUUGUAUAUUAGACUCAAAAUAUUUGUAUGCAGCAUUUGAAACACAAGAGACAUUAUCACAUCUCCAAAUAGUGUGGAGGGAUAACAAUGUCAUGCAUGGCAGAGCAAUUUUGACAAACUUUGAAGUGACAGUUUGGAAAUGUGAUGAUACACUUUUUGAGUCAUUUAGAUAUAAAUCUUCUCCAUAAAAACUAAGGUAAACAUAAACAAUCCAAAAAUAUCAAUGCUAACUGAGAACACAGUUCUAAUUAGUACUCUUGGCUCUCUUAGUCAUGUAAAGGUAAAGGCAGAGUCUGUAUAUGAGCAAAAAGGCCCAGCAGGUCAUCGCUCAGCUCUGGUUCUAGUGGCAUGAAACAACUAGGAGUAUUUCAACUCCCCCCUGGCUGGGAUGCUAGUGCAUUGUGGGGUUACCCCACAGCAUUAAAUUUGCCAGUACCCAUUU